AAUCAUUUGCUUCCAAUUCACAGGUGCCGAUCGAAUGACUAUGCUUAUUCUUUUGAAGUCUCGGGAGUGUUCGAAAGCGAGCGUUUGUAAAAUGAGGUGACCGACAUGGACAUUGCGUGUCGCCGCGUGUGGCGGCGGAAAAGACGCCGGAAGUCUUUAUUUAGCUGCUUAGUGGCUGCCGUUUUCUGCGUCAUGAUCCUCGUUUGUCCAGUUUCUGGCCAGUGCCAAAUGGAUACGUGCAUAUCCGGUCUCGUGGAGGCGCUGCCUGGACUCGGGCCAGAGUUUGAGUCGGUGGAUUUCAGCUCCGCCGGAAGCAUAAUGCGUGAAGCCACACAACGCACUCUCCUGCUUCCGCCAUUCUGUCGCCUAAUUAUCGACUGUUACAAAUGCCUGGAAGCGACUGCGGGGUCGUGUUACGCCGACUUGAAUUUUCGUUCGGCGCAGAAAUUUCUUCGGGGAUUGCGGGAAGAGUUCGGGUGUACCAACGUGAACACUUCUAAUCUUGUUUUGGGUCCGGGAGUGUCCGGAAGGAGGCUCAAGUGCACAUUUGUAGCGCCAGAGCUUGGCGGCGAAGAUGAUCGCGACGAGGAGUUUUGUGCCUUGUUCGGAGACCCGCAUUUGCUGGGUUUCGACGAAAAAUUCCGUAGCUGCGGAGCCGAAGGAGCGUGGCCCCUGGUUGACACCGAGUUUUUCGCCGUGCAGGUUACGAGUGCAAGAGUUUGCAGCACCUGUCGCUCGACAGCCGUGACGCGAGCAACGGUGAUUGUGAAAGACGCUGGGGAGUGUGGGCCACAGUUGACUUAUGAAGCGUCGUCUGACGCGUUGCCGAAUGUUUUCAAUGACGGAACCAUUUUUGCCGGUGCCGACAAAUCGGUCGUGGUCAAGGAAAUAGUCGAGGGCCGGGAGGUCGAGAUUUUCAUGCGUCACGCCGGUGCGAUCGUCUCCCUGCGUCGAAUCGGAACCGAUAAGCAAUUCCCGUCACUGUCAGUGACGAUCCGUGUGCCACGUGCCGUCGUGGCGCCUACAGGUGCAACCACAACGGAGCUUUGCGUCAGUGGCUGUCUUGAUGAACUUCCGGGUCCAGAGGCGACGCUUGGAAUAAAUGUCGAUGAUCAGCAAGCAACUUCCUUGUGUUUAAGAAGAGGAUUGACUGACGGCUUUUUGGACGCUUGCGUGUUUGACCUGAUGACGACUGGUGACACCGCUUUUGCGGACGCUGCGCAAUUUGCCAUGCUAGACUUGAGAGGCAGCCUGAAGAAUUUCGAGAGGAUCAUCGUGAAUAGGACGAUUCCGCAGGAGGCAGCCAUUGUGUUUUCCGGUGUGAACCGGAUGGCAGCUUCGCGAUUUUGCCUAGCCUACCUUAUUUUAGUGGCACUUUCGGUGUAUUUUCGGUGAUGGUAGGUUCCCUUUUGCAGCUGGAUUCGCGGUACACUCAUGGUAGCUGAGCAAAAAUUUAUAUACAAAUUAUGAAGCGGGCAAAAAAAUAAUGCCCGUUAGAAACGGACUCGGCCAAGUUUUGUUUCAGCUUGUUUUUAGAAUUUUUAUGAUACGAUUUAUAUUUAUCCGAAUGGAAGGAGAGUCUUCGGUCCAAAUCAAAUGUUCAUGAAAUUUUAUAGUAUAGAGCUGUCAUCAUUUUUGUCGUGGAAGUUGACCGAAGUUCUUAAUUUUCCUAAAUGGAAGUCUAAGCGUAAAGAGGCGUGUUCUUAGCCGGGGAGGUCAAGUGAGAUGUUAGCUGCAAUUCGGUUUUACAUUUCGCCGAAUUCUUUUGCUCCCCUUGCCAAAAGUAGGUUCAUAUUCUUCCAGAAAUUUUCGAUUUACCUCGGUAAGAACCAGUUUCCAGGAGGAAUCUAUAUGAGAUUCUUCGUUCUCUGUGAAUUUGAUUCAUUCUUAUAUUCUUCGAAAAUGAAGAACGACGAUCAUGAAGUCAUCUUGUUUUUUUAGAUGCGUAUAAGUCUGUCUGAUAGUUAAUGAGCUGUUGCUGUUUGUGUUAGCAGCUACUAAAAGGUCUAUUUAAUCUGAUUCUGCAUCUAGGCCGUUGAAAGAUAACUGCUGAAGGUUUGAAUCUAGAUUGAGCUGAUUUGAGGAUGACUGCUUAAGCUUGGAAUUUAGGAAAAGGCAUUGAUUUCUGAGGAGGAAAGUUGAUUUUGGAGUAUAGAUUUAUAACAGUCUGAAAUCGAUAUACAGUACAUGCAAUUUUUUACUUAGAAGCGACAUCAACCUGCUAGAAAACGCUGUCGACGUAACGUACGUGAACAGCAAAAUGCAUCGUAUACAUUAUCGGUUAUCUUUCACGGAGGCCAUUUGAUAAUUUUGGUAAUUAGUUUUUGUGGUGACAUUUUUGAGCUGCGUGUCCCUUUUACUCUAAUCUUGCCGUGACCAAGCCAUCCACAGCAUUCCUGUUCAUCUGGAUUUAAAUGCUCAUGUUGUGCCUUCUUGAACUGCUCAAAUUUUUCGUAUUUUUUCCAAAUCAACAACCUUGUUUUCAUGUUCGUCCGUAAACGAUUCGGUACUCUUGUGUUGUGGUUUUUCUGGUUCAUAGUCGAGUGUGAUGUGGACAAGUUUUGAUGGGUUCAUAACGAUUUUUGUUCGAUCUCGCAAAGCGAUUGUACAUAUACUGAUUAAUUCAGGCUUCGUAUUAAUCAUAGAUUGCUCAUUAGCAAUUUGCGGUCAUCGAGGAAGACCAUUAAUUUGUGGACGUCAUAUCAGGUUAUGCCUUGCUGGAUGUUGAGUGCCUUUUUCGAGGAUAAAUUUUCAACGAUCUUGCUUCUGAUAGCUUUUUUGCAAUCGAAUUUUCUCCCAUUUUCGAUGUACAGGUUUAACGUGAAAAAAGGUUUAGUCUCUUCCGAUUUAGACUUGGUUGUCAUCGAGAGUUUAUUCUGUGUGCCAUCGAAUUGUUUUUCAUUGCGAAUUUUUUUUUUCGAAUUCUUAUUCCAACGUUGUCGUUGAGAUAUGCUCUUUGAUUGGGAUAGAACCCACGAGCUUGGUUGAUAUUUCGGGGCUUAUUGAUGAGUUGCUUGAGAGCUGAUUUUGUUCUGCGCUGCGAACUGAGGUUAAGUUCGGGUUACCGGCAAGUCGAGAAUUUAGCGACAUUUUUCGCAAAUUUCGUGCGUCUAGUCAAAGCGAAUUAUGUUUCUGGUUUAGUGGUACGUGUUAAAUGCGUGCCUGUGCGUGCUUUUUUUUUAUUGUGUGCGAGAUUUUUUUUUUUUUUGCAUGAAGCUGUGA